UCAGACGCUGGCAGUAAAAGACAAUAGACUGUAAGUGCUCAAACACAGCGACUGCUUUAAGCACUUUUUGUCCUUAAAAAAAGCCGUCCAUCAUGUCAGUGCGCAAUUGCGCAGCAGGAACCCCCGAUGUGUGAGACCAGUGACAUGACCACUGAAAAAACUACCGCAGCGCCGCAAGAGAACCAGCCUCCUACUGUGACCCCAUUCCAGUAAAGAAGACUUCUAAAUUCCCCCACAGUAACAAGGUGAGCGGUCUCUGUGCGAAUUUCCCACAACCCCAUCUUCGACGCUGCUGGAAGAGCAGCUUCGUGUAAUGAAGACGUUCGUAUACCGGUGAGGGUAAGCAGCAUGUUCAUCUGUUGGACUCAUAUACGUUGUGUCCACAACUCACGAUGACAGCUCGCAUCAGGACUAUGGAUGCACUUUUCAAAAGUCUGGGUUUCUGAGAGGAAGCAUGAUGGACGCAGCGGACAUAGUUGCCUCUGUGCUGGUUUUGGGGAUUAUUGUCGUGUCGCUGCUGUCCAACGUUGUGGUGCUGAUCUGCUUUAUGUACAAUCCGGAGAUCCGCAAACAGGUACCCGGCCUUUUUAUUCUCAAUUUGACGUUUUGCAACCUGUUGCUGAGCGUGUCCAACAUGCCACUAACUCUGAUCGGGCUCAUCACCACGGGCCACCCCGGGGGCAGCGGUUUCUGUCAAAUUGUGGGUUUCCUCGACACUUUUCUCACCACAAACUCCAUGUUGACCAUGGCAGCUCUUAGCAUCGAUAGAUGGGUGGCGGUGGUUUUCCCGCUGAGCUACCACUCAAGAAUACGGCACCGGGAUGCAGUGAUAGCUCUAGGAUACACGUGGAUACAUUCACUUUGCUUCUCCACGGUGGCUACCUGCCGUUCCUGGGUCGGCUACAACCACCUUUACGCAUCGUGCACGCUGUGCAGUGUGAGAGCGAAGGGAGCCGGGACGCAGUUCAUCAUUUUCACCGUGGUUUUGCACUCUCUCACUUUCCUUCUCACGCUGAUCGUGCUGUGUGUAACGUAUCUCAAAGUUCUCAAAGUUGCGAGGUUUCACUGUAAACGCAUCGACGUCAUCACUAUGCAGACACUGGUGCUGCUUGUGGAUAUCCACCCCAGUGUACGCCAGAAAUGCUUGGAUGAACAGAAGCGGAGGAGGCAGAGGGCCACCAAAAAAAUCAGUACAUUCAUCGGCACAUUUAUGGUGUGCUUCACGCCUUAUGUCAUUACAAGAAUUGUAGAGCUUUUCAUCCCAGGACCCAUAAACUCUCACUGGGGUGUGCUGUCCAAAUGCUUGGCCUACACCAAGGCAGCAAGCGACCCAUUUGUCUACUCACUGUUGCGUCACCAGUACAGGAAGACCUGCAGCCUUCUGGCAAACAAAGUCCUCAAGAGGAGCACGUUCAACUCCUCCUCACUCAGGAUAGAGAACAAUGCAAGGAGAAGUGACAACUCCUCCAAUGCAACCAACAAUGUCCAACCACCGACCGAAAAACCCCUCGGCCAGUGAACGUCAACACAGUGACAGGUGAAGUGUUGAUCUUGGAUGCUGACAUUUUCUUCUGAGUUUGAGAUAACAUAAAAAGUGAUAUUAUAAUAUCAAACGUUUCUCAUGUAAUUACUUGUUAAGGGACAAGAUAUUUUGUACUUUUUAUUGUGAACAAAUUCAAUGAAAAGACCAAAACCAGCAAUGUGUUACUCCGCAUCUCCAUACUUUAUUAAUUUGCCACCGUUUCUGACUUAGAUAGCUAAAUGCUCAGAUUGUGCUGCUUUUUUCGCAUCUGUAUUCCUGAAUGCAAAAAUGCAUUGACCGUUAUUGACAGUGACAUCUCUUUAUUUACAGCAGAUACCCAUGUUCGU